AUGCUCCGUAGUGUGAAUUGGUGGAGCGGUCCGAACUGGCUAAGAGGUAACGAAUGUGAGUGGCCAAUCUCAAGUGUAACGUAUUGCGAGGACGAAAUAAAAAACGAAAUACGCAAAACUGCUAAUGUAAACAGGGAAAUCCUGGAGUCAGAAAUUAUCGCGGAGAUGGCUCAAAUGAAUUGUACCGGGAAAAUAGUUCCCUUUUAUGUUCCUCAAGUCUCUAGUUUCCGUACGGUAGUGGGAGCUUUUGCUCGCAUAAAGCGAUUCGUUAAUAAUUAUAGGUUGCGUAAAUCCGACAAGUCAGGCGAACGUAAAAGAGGGAGGUUAACGCUAGAUGAACUAAAGAGUGCGGAAAGAACUAUUUUUAAGAUUGUACAACAUAAAUCGUUCAGCGGGAGCGAUGACAUACAACUGCGUAAUAUGUAUGUUUUUGUCGACGAAGACGGUUUGACCCGAACGAAAUCGAAAAUAUUGAAGCGCGACGAUGACUUUUCAUUUCGUUGCCCAGUGGUUCUGCCGGGGGAGAACGAACUAGUUCGCAUGAUGAUUCUUUAUACUCACAUACGGUUGGGACAUGUCCCGGUCAGCACCUUGCUCAAUACCCUCAGGGAGAACCAUUGGAUAAUACGCGGAAGAAAGGCCGCCCGCCAUAUUGUAAAGAAAUGUGUUGCCUGCGCGCGACAAAAUGUACGACCUUUGAACGCGAUGACAGCCCCUUUACCUAGGGAUCGGGUUCGCGACGCGAGAGUGUUCGAGAUCGUGGGGGUGGAGUUUGCGGGCCCAUUGUAUCUCAAGGCUGAUGUUAAGGCCUGGGUUUGCAUUUUUACCUGUGCGGUGUAUCGAGCGGUACAUUUUGAGUUGGUGUCGUCCCUUUCCGCGGAAAGGUUUAUGGAGGCGUUUCGGAGAUUCGUAUCCCGAAGGGGACGGCCGAAUACGGUAUACAGCGAUAACGGGACUAAUUUCGGAGGUUUCAACAACUUGUUGAAACAAGUUGAUCGAGUGAAAAUCGAAGAGUUUUGUGUGUCGCGGAAGAUAGAAUGGAGGUUCAACCCUCCAAGUGCCCCCUGGUGGGGAGGCUGGUGGGAGCGGUUAAUCCAGAUAUUGAAACGCAUGUUGCGGAAAAUACUCGGAAAAGCGUGUUUGUGUUACGAAGAGAUGCUUACCGUCCUGUGUGAUUGCGAAUCCGUGAUUAACGCCCGUCCCUUGACAUAUUUAUCUGACGAUCCUCGGGAUCUGGCUCCUAUUACGUCUAAUUUAUUUCUGCAAGAAAUUCGCGAGGUAGGUUUGCCUGAGUGUGAUUUCGUUGACGGAGAAAGAUUGAGGGGUAGGUUCAGAUAUCGGCAAUUCUUAAAAGAAGAGCUACGUAAACGUUUUCGAGUGGAAUACCUCGGGCAAUUGAAAUAUGCUUCUUCGAGGAGAUCCUGCGAGCUCCGUCAGAUAAAAGUUGGUGAUGUUGUACUCAUUGGGGAUGAAUGUAAUAAGCGAAUAGAAUGGCCCUUAGGUCGCGUAAUAGAGCUUUUCCCCGGAAAAGACGGGGUUGUGAGAGUCGUGCGUUUACGUACCGCAAGGAGUCUUCUGGUGCGGCCCGUUCAAAAAUUGUAUUAUCUAGAAGUAGACACGGAUAUGGAACAGGAGGAGUUGAGUAAAAUCUAUGAUAAAAGGAUUAACUAA